AUACCUCGCUUUCUCCUCCGCAUUGGGGACGCUACCCGCUCUCUCUCUCUCUCCUAGCUCUCACAGUGGCAGAACCGUAAAUACCAGCUCGCGAGAUUCCUUGCCUCCAUUAGAACCACGAGCUUGAGUCUCUCUUUCUCGCUCCUCAUGCCGUAAAUGUUACUUUAAUGGCGUAAUCGUACGAUUCCUUUCUUGGACUUGGUCGCUGCUUACGAAACCCUAGCUUUUGAGAGUUUUUAGUUGUGUGGCAGUGGCUUGAUCAUUCUGGAUCGUUUGUUUAUGGUUGUUUCAGUGAUCAAGUAUUCAGAUCCCCUUAUGGUUGUACAUUGAAAUUGAGGCUCAAAAGAUUCAUUUUUCUGUUUCGGAUGGUUUAUCAACUUGAUCUUGGACAUGCUCAUGGUGUUUCAUGCUUUGAUGACUGUUUUAUGUGAUAGACCCGUACCAAUGUAAUUUGCAGCCUAGGAAUUUUCACUGUACCAUCAGAGUUGCAGACACAGAGGUCGACUUCAGAAUUUUCCUUCAUUUAUCGUUAUGAUGAUGCAAAUGAAGAAAAUGACAUUACGAUACAUGAUGCUUGCUGUUUUUCCGCUCCUAGUUUUUGGAAGUGGAGAUGUUUAUAUUGUCACCAUGGAAGGAGAACCUGUAGUGAGUUAUAAUGGUGGUAUCGAGGGAUUUUCUGCAACAUCUGUAGAUUUAGCAGAAGAUACUGAUAUUACCAGUGAGUUAUUUACAUCAUAUUCUGAUCACCUUGUGAGGCAACAUGAUGCACUUCUUGAUUCACUCUUUGAUGCUGGGACUUACACGAAGCUAUAUAGCUACCACCAUCUUCUUAAUGGGUUCUCUGUUCACAUGACCGCUGAACAGGCAGAAGUUCUCAGCAGAGCCCCUGGAGUGAAGUACCUGGAAAAAGAUAUGAAAGUAAGGAAGUUGACCACUCACACGCCUCAAUUUCUUGGUCUCCCAACAGGAGUAUGGCCAACAGGAGGUGGCUUUGAUAGGGCAGGAGAGGAUGUUGUGAUUGGUUUUGUGGACUCAGGAAUUUAUCCAAAGCACCCAAGCUUUGCUUCUCACAAUUCAGAUCCAUAUGGGCCGCUUCCCCGGUACAGAGGAAAGUGUGAGAUUGAUCCUGACACAAAGAGGAACUUCUGUAAUGGGAAGAUAGUUGGUGCUCAACAUUUUGCAAAAGCAGCCAUUGCUGCUGGAGCUUUCAAUCCUGGAAUUGAAUUCGCAUCCCCAUUAGAUGGAGAUGGUCAUGGAAGCCAUACAGCAGCGAUUGCUGCUGGAAAUAAUGGCAUUCCAGUACGAAUGCAUGGGCAUGAGUUUGGCAAAGCAAGUGGCAUGGCUCCUCGUGCAAGAAUUGCUGUCUACAAGGUUCUCUACAGACUUUUUGGGGGUUAUGUAUCUGAUGUUGUGGCUGCCAUUGAUCAGGCUGUUCGUGAUGGUGUUGACAUUCUUAAUCUCUCAGUAGGACCAAAUAGCCCACCAUCAACUACAAGAACAACAUUCUUAAACCCCUUUGAUGCUUCACUUCUCUCUGCUGUGAAAGCUGGAGUUUUUGUUGCACAGGCAGCUGGCAAUGGAGGUCCAUUUCCGAAAACGUUGGUAUCCUUUAGCCCCUGGAUUACAACUGUAGCAGCAGCAGUCGAUGAUCGUCGAUACAAGAACCAUGUGACACUGGGAAAUGGAAAAAUCUUAGCUGGGCUUGGAUUGUCACCUUCUACACAUGGGAACAGGUCAUACAACUUGGUAUCUGCAAAUGAUGUGAUGAUUGAUUCAUCUGCCCUGAAAUACAACCCUGGAGACUGCCAGAGACCAGAACUAUUAAAUAGGAGAAUGGUGGAAGGAAAGAUUCUUUUAUGUGGGUACUCCUUCAAUUUUGUUUCGGGUACUGCAUCCAUCAAAAAGGUUUCGGAAACAGCUAAGAGUCUUGGAGCAGCUGGCUUCAUUGUUGCUGUUGAGAACAGUUAUCCAGGAACCAAAUUUGACCCUGUACCUGUUGCCACUCCUGGAAUACUGAUAUCUGAUGUCAGUCACUCGAAGGUGCUUAUAGACUAUUAUAACUCUUCCACUAAAAGAGAUUGGGCCGGGCGGCCAAUAAGUUUCCAAGCAACAGCCAGUGUUGCUGAUGGUUUGGCACCCAUACUUCACAGUUCAGCUCCUCAGGUGGCAAUAUUUUCUUCCCGAGGGCCAGAUGUAAAAGAUUUCAGCUUCCAAGAUGCAGAUGUCCUCAAACCGGACAUAUUAGCUCCGGGCUCUCUUAUUUGGGCUGCGUGGGCACCAAAUGGAACAGAUGAAGCCAAUUACUUGGGUGAAGGUUUUGCCAUGGAAUCUGGGACUAGUAUGGCAGCUCCGCAUAUCGCUGGAAUAGCAGCACUUAUAAAGCAGAAGCAUCCCCACUGGAGUCCAGCUGCUAUCAAGUCAGCUUUGAUGACAACAGCUAUGACCAAGGAUCGAGGAGGGAAGCCUCUUCAAGCACAGCAGUACACUGAGACAGAAGCUGUGAAAUUGCUGCCAGCCACACCGUUUGAUUUUGGGAGUGGAGCUGUUAAUCCAAAAGCUGCGCUGGAUCCUGGACUCAUUUUCGAUGCAUCUUACAGGGACUACAUCAGUUUCCUGUGCGUAGUACCAGAGGUAGACCCUGAUGAAGUGAGAAACAUCACAGGUUCAGCAUGUAAUGCAACCAAAGGUAAACCCUCGGAACUCAACAGCCCAUCAAUCACAAUCUCUCAUCUCGAGGGAACCCAAACACUAAAGAGAACAGUGACCAACGUGGCUGAGACCGAGACAUACAUCAUCACCACAAGAAUGUCACCUGAGGUUGCCCUAGAGGCUAGCCCUCCAGCAAUGACAGUGCUCGCUGGAUCCUCAAGGCAAUUAACAGUGAGCCUCACUGUUAGGUCAUUCACUGGUAGUUACAGUUUUGGAGAGAUUCUGAUGAAAGGGAACCGAGGGCACAAGGUUAGGAUCCCAGUAGUGGCCAUGGGCUACCAGUAGCUGGGAAAAGGGAGGUUUUGUAGUGUGGUGUUAUAUUCUUUGUACUGUAUGAUAGAAUAAGAGAGGCACACUUCACGCAGUCCUUUGUAUCAUAUUCAACUCUACGGUAUAAAUGUUAAAGGUAUUUAAGUAGUAGAUGCUAGCUUUUGAGGAAUGUUACUUUGGUUUUGUGCGAUGUGCAUGUAUCAUGGAUUUUAUAAGAAUUAGUAGUUAAGAAUGAUAGGUUCGGACCUACAUACA